CUUAUUGUGACGUCCAGCGGAACUUGGCUUUUGUUGUAGCGGGUCUGAGCCGGAAACGCGCGGGGAAGCUCUUCCUCUGUCAAACACUAGCCGGGAGAAUGCCGUCGAUCGAAUACGACGACUCCAAGCCCAGUUGGGCCGACCAAGUGGAGGAGGAGGGAGAUGAAGGAACACUGCCAUCCCCCAAGGAAACUAUCAAAGGGAAUAUCAAAACUAUCACCGAUUAUAAAAUAGAUGAAGAAGAUGGAAAAAAGUACAAGAUCGUUCGAACCUUCAAGAUCGAGACAAGGAAGGCCUCAAAGGCUGUGGCCAGGAGAAAGAACUGGAAGAAAUUUGGCAACUCUGAGUUCGAUGCACCGGGUCCAAAUGUUGCCACUACCACGGUCAGCGAUGACGUCUACAUGACAUUCAUUUCCAGCAAAGAGGAUCUCAAUGCUCAAGACCAGGAUGAGGAUCCCAUGAAUAAGCUGAAAGGACAGAAGAUCGUUUCCUGUCGUAUUUGUAAAGGCGACCAUUGGACCACCCGCUGUCCUUACAAGGACACUCUGGGGCCAAUGCAGAAGGAGCUAGCCGAGCAGCUGGGUCUUUCCACUGGAGACAAGGACAAGCCUUCGGGAUUAGCGGAACCCGAGCCAGCCCAGCCCGCCCAGAGCAAAACCGGGAAAUAUGUGCCACCAAGCCUGAGAGAUGGCAGCACACGGCGAGGAGAAUCCAUGCAGCCCAACCGCAGAGGUGGGGCUGAUGACAAUGCCACCAUCCGUGUGACCAACCUUUCGGAGGACACCCGUGAGACAGACCUGCAGGAGCUUUUCAGGCCUUUUGGCUCCAUCUCAAGGAUCUACCUGGCCAAGGAUAAGAAUACUGGACAGUCAAAGGGUUUUGCCUUCAUCAGUUUCCACCGUCGGGAGGACGCCUCCAGAGCUAUCGCAGGAGUGUCAGGAUUUGGAUAUGAUCAUCUUAUUCUUAAUGUUGAAUGGGCCAAACCAUCGAACAACUGAGGAGUUCGUCGGAAUCUGUUUCAGGAUGAGGCCAGAUUUGAUCGCAUAGUAAAGUUUGGCAAUGACCCUAGCAACAUAAAAUAAAAAAUGUUAAAAUCAU